AGCUAAAGCACAUGGCAACCCAAGAAAGUCUUGAAAAUGAUAUCUCCGAUUAUAAUUUGGGAAGUUCCAUUUGCAUUCAGAUGGCUGUAAAAGCUGCAAUUGAGCUCGGUGUCUUCAAUAUCAUUGGCAAGUCAGGGCCAAAAGCUCAUCUUACAUCGAAAGAAAUUGUUGCAGAAAUCCCCACUACAAAUCCAAAUGUUGCAGCUGAGAAUCUAGAGCGAAUCCUUAAGCUUCUCAGUGUCAAAUCCCUCCUUUCUACAACUCUCAAACAAAGCCUAAAAGACGAAACACCACAAAGGGCUUAUGGCCUAACAAAAGAAGCACUCUGCCUCCUGCCAAAUGAAGACGGAAAUCCUAUGAACUCAGAGAAUAUGUCGAGCUCUGAAUUGCACAUUAUACAAAGCUUAUGCAUGCUCAAGCACUCGGUGCUUGAACCGGAGACUGUCCCCUUCUAUAAAGCCCAUGGAGUAAGCUUCUACGAAUUUCUGUCUGAGAGACCUGAGAUGAUUUCAUGGUUCAACAAGCACAUGAGAACAGCGUCAUAUUUAUAUUUUGAUGAGAAGGUGCUUAAGGUUUAUGAAGGUUUUGAAGAAGUCAAUGAGCUGAUGGAUGUAGGGGGUGGUGAUGGAAGUUCACUUGCUAAAAUAGUGUCUAUGUAUCCUCAUAUCCAUGGCAUCAAUUUCGACUUACCCAGUGUUAUUGCUCAGGCUCCUAAACAUCAAGGUGUAAAACACGUAGGUGGUGAUAUGUUUGGCUCAAUUCCAAAAACACAAUCAUUCACACUUAAGUUGAUACUUCAUAAUUGGGAUAACGAGCAUUGCAAGAAGAUAUUGAGAAACUGUUGGGAGGCAUUACCAGAAGCCGGGAAGGUAAUAGUUGUGGAAUAUUUCGUGCUUCCCGAAGAGCUGAAAAAUACCCCAGAAACAAUGCAGAUAUUAGCAGAUGACAUUUUCAUGAUGACAUUGUUUAAUGGUGGUAAGGAGCGAACAAUAGCUGAAAUGGAUAACUUGGCCAAAUCUGCAGGGUUUAUUGAAACAAAGUUUUUCCCUAUCUCUCAUGGAACCUAUGCUAUCGAGUUCCUGAAGAAAAUACAGUAA